AUGGCGACACCGACUUUAAAGCCUAAUGUUGGUGUAUAUACCAACCCCUCACAUAAGUUAUACAUCGGCGAGGCUUCUCCAAGCCUGCAGGAAAUCGAGUCUGAGCAACUACUUCAGUCCGGAGAGGUAGUACUAGAGAUGAAAGCUACAGGAAUAUGUGGCAGUGAUAUUCAUUUCUGGGAACAUGGCAGAAUAGGACCUACCAUGGUUGUUGAAGAUGAGCAUAUCCUUGGCCAUGAAAGUUCGGGCAUCGUUGUCAAAGUGCAUCCAAGUGUUUCGCAUCUCAAACCCGGUGAUAGAGUUGCAAUCGAGCCCACAAUCCCAUGUGCCAAAUGCGUUCCAUGCUUAACAGGAAGAUAUAACGGCUGCGAGGAUGUACUUUUCCGGUCGACUCCACCCGUCCCUGGUCUGCUUAGGCGAUACAUUCCGAUUUCUCUUGUAAACACUAACGAGGCGAGACAGGUUCACCCAGCCCAAUGGUGCUUUAAGCUUGAAGGCUUAUCGUACGAAGAAGGGGCAUUGCUGGAGCCAAUAUCUGUUGCACUUGCUGGUAUCGAACGAGCACAGCUGAGACUCGGAGACAGCUUGUUGAUCUGCGGCGCGGGGCCUAUUGGGCUCGUCACAUUGCUCUGUGCCAGAGCUGCUGGUGCGACGCCGAUUACGAUUACAGACAUCGAUACGUCCAGGCUCGAAUUCGCAAAGAAGCUAGUCCCAUCCGUCAAUACUUUUCAAAUCCCCCUCGGUGGUCCUGACACUACCCCGCAAAAUCUUGCAAAAUCGAUCAAUGACUCCUUUUAUUCCACGGCAGGACAUCCAGAUGUUGCUAUCGAAUGUACAGGUAUCGCAUCAUCAAUCGCUACGGCAGUAUAUGCCUCUCGGUUUGGCGGUACAGUAUUCGUUAUCGGUGUUGGAAAAGACGUCGUCGAGAUGCCGUUCAUGGCAUGCAGUGUUAAGGAAGUUGACCUUAAAUUCCAGUAUAGGUAUGCCAAUCAAUGGCCAAAAGCUAUAAAGUUAGUUAAGAGUGGCUUGUUGGGAGACGUCAAGAUGUUGGUUAGUCACAGAUUCACCCUGGAAGAGGCAGAAAAAGCGUUCGAGACGGUUAAGGACAGGACGAGCAAGAGCAUCAAAGUUAUGAUUACCAAUGAAUAG